CUCCCCCUCCCCAACAUGGGCAACGUUUGGGCCGCCGGAUCCCCCCCUCCCCCUCCCAGCGCCCCUCCCCCACUCCUCCCCGUGCCCCCCCCAGGGUUUGGGGGUCCCCCCCCCGUCAGUGGCUUGGGGGGUGGGGGAGGGGCGCCCCUCCCCCCCCGAACCCCCGAAGCGGGCGGGGACCCCCUGCCCAACCCUGGAGCCUUUGAGGAAUGUCACCGGCGCUGUAAAGAGCUGUUCCCGGUGCAGAUGGAGGGGGUGAAGCUGACGGUCAACAAAGGACUCAGCAACCACUUCCAGGUGAACCACACGGUUGCCCUGAGCACUUUGGGCGAGUCCAAUUAUCAUUUCGGGGCCACCUACGUGGGAACGAAGCACCUGAGCCCAACCGAGGCAUUCCCAGUGCUGGUGGGGGACAUGGACAACAGCGGGAGCCUCAACGCUCAGGUGGUUCACCAGGUGAGCUCCAGGAUCCGCUCCAAGGUGGCUUUCCAGACUCAGCAGUCCAAGUUUGUGAACUGGCAGCUGGACGGGGAAUAUCGGGGCGGAGACUUCACGGCGGCGCUGACCCUGGGCAACCCCGACAUCCUGAUGGGAUCGGGGAUCCUGGUGGCUCAUUACCUGCAGAGCGUCACGGCUCACCUGGCCCUGGGGGCGGAGCUCGUUUAUCACCGGCGCCCGGGGGAGGAGGGGGCGGUGCUGUCGCUGGCCGGGAGAUACUCAGCUCCGUCGUGGAUCGGGACGGUGACGCUGGGCCAGGCCGGGGCUCACCUGACGUAUUAUCAUCGAGCCAGUGAGCAGGUGAAUGUUUCCAGCUGCAGGUGGGGGGUGGAGUUUGAGGCCAGCACGAGGCUCCAGGACUCGAGCGUCGCCUUCGGAUACCAACUGGAGCUGCCCCGAGGGAAUCUCCUGUUCCGGGGCUCCCUGGACAGCUCCUGGCAGGUGGGGGCGGUGCUGGAGAAGAAGCUGCCGCCCCUCCCCCUCACGCUGGCCCUGGGAGCCUUCAUCAACCACAGGAAGGAGAAAUUCCACUGCGGCUUCGGCCUCACCAUCGGCUGA